AUGGUAGGUUUUUCCUAGGCUCUAUUCAUCGACAAAAUAUAUAUUUUAUGUAUUUUCAGAAUUUCACAGAAAUUGACAGCUGUUUCGGUAGUAAUAAACGCGACAUCGGUUAUGAAAAAUUGAAAUCAGCCUAUGAGAAAGGUGAUCAUUCGCCUGAAGUUCUUUGGCGUCUCGCUCAAUUCUGCCACGAAAAAUCGACGAUUUCUCCAAAGGCGAAGCGAAUCGCAUACAUCUAUGAGGGAAUAAAAUAUGCUGAAGAAGGAAUGAAGACAGAUCCGACACAUUUCAAAUCAGUAAAAUGGUGUGCUGUUUUGACUGGACAAAGUGCUAAACCCUUCCAACGAAGCAGAAAAUCGAAAUGGGUAACAAAUUCAAAUCACUUUUGGAUAAAGCAAUCACGAUGCAACCAAAUGAUUAUGUUUUGUUGCAUUUGCGUGCUCGUUAUAAGUUCACAGUUGCAAGUUUGACAUGGCUUGAGAGAAAGGUAAGUAUUUUGGAAAGAAUCCAUACUCAAAAUCUGAUAAUCGUGUGAAAAUAAUUUUUUAGAUAAAAAAAAUUAAUUUCAAGAUGUUUUCAGCUCGCUUCAACUUUCUACGCAACAGUUCCUACUCAUACAUUCGAAGAAGCCCUCGAAGAUUUCCUAGCUUGCUAUAAAAUCGAACCAAAAUGGAUUGAGAAUUUUUAUUACAUCGCAAAAACCUAUGUUGGACUCAAAGACAAGGAAAAUGCUCGAAAAUACUUGAAAAUCGCGUUGGAAAUUCAACCACAAUCAGAUGUUGAAAUCGAUUAUAUUGCGGAUUGCAAAGCGCUUUCGCACAAGCUUUGA